UUUCCCGUCAUGCCUCCCGCCGCCCCGUCCGUCGCCCCGAGCAGGGGAGGGAGGGAGGGAGAGGAGCUCGGACAGCGGCGGCGGCGGCGGCUCGCUGGCCUUUCCAUGAUUCCGCGGCAGACCCUCCCGCGCCCCCUCUCACUCUGCCUCUGCCUCUGCCUGGCCGCCGCCGCGGCGCGGGGAGCCACGCAGUCCGCUCUUGCCCCUGUUCUUUGACUUUCGUUUUGUUGGUGAAGAUAUCACAGUGAUGUCUGCCUUCAACCUGCUGCAUUUGGUGACAAAGAACCAGCCUGUAGCCCUGCGAGCUUGUGGGCUUCCCUCAGGGUCAUGUAGGGAUAAAAAGAACUGUAAGGUGGUCUUUUCCCAGCAGGAACUGAGGAAGCGGCUAACACCCCUGCAGUACCAUGUCACUCAGGAGAAAGGGACCGAAAGUGCCUUUGAAGGAGAAUACACACAUCACAAAGAUCCUGGAAUAUAUAAAUGUGUUGUUUGUGGAACUCCAUUGUUCAAAAACCAGGUGCUGGAGAAGCUGUGUAUUCUGAAGGAGAUGGGUAGAAGAGAAGCCAUUUACCCUACAGGAGCGUGGAAAGAGAAGCUGCAUGUGCUGCAGGAUCCGGAUGUGAGAGAUGGCAUGUGCGAUGGAGGGGUGUGCUGAGCAAGGAUACUGAAACCAGAAAGGAAAGACCUUUUCCGUCUGCAGUCUUUCUCCUGUGCUCUCUAUUGGCAAAGUUUAACAUCAUGCUAACUGACAAGGAAAAAAAAUAUAUUUAAAGGGCCUAGCUCCAUUUUAGCAGAGCAGGCAAGGAAAAUGGACUUAGAGGUGAGAGGCAACAAAUUAAUAACUGACACAAAGUCUAUUUUUUUUCAAAAUUCUUGUAGGGGUUUAUGAACAAAAGUUUGAAAAUUACUAGUGAAUUAGUUGGACUAUCAAGAACCCUCUAGAUAGUUGGUUUCAUUCUUUGAACACAGUGUAGGAAACAAUUGGUGGAUAUGGGGUUGUGUGUGGGUGUGUGUGUGGAAGUGUGUAGAGUUUGUUAGAAGGAAUUGAGGGAGGAAAAUUAGGCAGAAAAGACUAAAUAAAGGAACAGUAUGAGAAGUAAUGGUGGGAGGGAAACAGACAAGAAAGAAGAAAUAAGGAAAGAAGCUCUGAAUUUGAAAAUGUCUAGUCAUUAAUGGCAUGAAAAGGUUGUUUUCCCAACCUUCAUUUCUGUUGUCUUAUUCACACUUAUAGUAGUGUGUGUGCACAUGCAUACACAUAUGUUCAUAAUCCUCUUCAUUUAUUUGACUGACGUGUGUGUAUUGUAGUUGCUUACAAAAAAGUGUAUUCGAUUAUUCUCAUUUCAUUUUCAAAUUUGUGCUCUGCUCUAAAUACAUUCCCUCUCUGAACAAUACUCUGCUUUCUUUCUGCUUACCAAAUACAAGAACCUUAUUCACAGGCUUAUAAAGCAAAUGUGUAAUUUAUUCCAUGGUUCAUGUUUUCUUCACAUUCACAAAUUUUACCAAGCUAGUUUAUUUCUCAUAUAGUACUACUGACUUUCAGUUAGUAAAUUAACUGACAGAAGCAAGAAUGUUCUCUCCUCUGGUUAUUUGAACUUUUAAAAUUUCAUAAAGUAAAUUUAUUGCACAUCAGAUAAACCAAAGAAGGCAUUGGUAAAAUAAUUUAAUUCAGAAAGUAUUUUUGACCACUAUAUUUGCUUUGGCUGACACUUUGCUAGGUGUUGUGAAACAAAUAAAAUAAAUUUAUGUAAUA